GGGUUUCACUAUGUUGGCCAGGAUGGUAUCCGUCUCUUGACCUCGUGAUCUGCCCGCCUCCGCCUCCGCCUCCCACAGUGCUGGGAUUACAGGCGUGAGCUACCGCUCCCGGCCGCAAAGGGUCUUCUUAUACUGAGAAGUGUCCAGAAUUUCCAUCCUGGAGGCACGUAGGGGCAACGGGCAGGGGAGGCUAGAUACUUGCCUUGAGACUACAUUAACAAAAUGCUUUUCACAUGGUCAAGAAAACUGGUUUAUAAUAAGCAAGGUGCGGUGGCUCACGUCUGUAAUCCCAGCACUUUGGGAGGCCAAGGUGGGCGGAUCACUUGGAAUCAGGAGUUUGAGACCAGCCUGACCAACAUGGCGAAACCCCGUCUCUACGAAAAAUACAAAAAUUAGCCACGUGUGGUGGCGGGCGCCUGUAGUCCCAGCUACUCGGAAGUCUGAGGCAGGGGAACCCCUUACACCCGGGAGGUGGAGGUUGCAGUGAACCGAGACUGCACCACUGCACUCCAGCCUGGGCAAUAGAGCAAGGCCGUAUCUCAAAAAACAAAAAAAGAAAAAGAAAGAAAGAAAAGGAAAAGAAAAAUUGGCCUAUAACAAAGAAUGGCCAAAACUCCACAAGCUGCCGCUGGCACUGCAUCUAGGUCUUCGAGGCUGUCCUUCAUCGUGUUGGUCCCCCCAGGAGUGGAGGGUGUUAAGCAAUGAUGGGAGGAGACUGAAUCAGAAUUGGAUUUGAAUCUGAGCCCAGUAGCUGUGUUCGUGUCCUUGGGCUGGUGAUGACCGUGGGCUGGUGCCUUCACUUCUCUGUGCCCCUCUGUGCCUCAGUUUCCUCUUGUGUAAAAAUGGAGCUCAUUCCACCCGCCUCACCGGGAGGUUGUGAGGAACGGACGAGAUCAAGCUCACAAAGCACUCAGCACAGCGCCUGAUCAAAAAGGAAGGCGAAUACUUCCUGAAGGUGCUGAUCCCCAGCUACGCGGCGGGCUCCAUCAUUGGCAAGGGCGGGCAGACCAUCGUGCAGCUGCAGAAGGAGACCGGAGCCACCAUCAAGCUCUCCAAGUCCAAAGACUUCUACCCCGGAACCACAGAGCGGGUAUGCCUAGUACAGGGCACGGCAGAGGCCUUGAAUGCUGUGCACAGCUUUAUUGCCGAGAAGGUCCGAGAAAUCCCACAAGCGAUGACCAAGCCUGAGGUGGUCAACAUCCUUCAACCCCAAACCACGAUGAACCCCGACAGAGCCAAGCAGGCCAAGCUGAUCGUCCCCAACAGCACGGCGGGCCUGAUCAUCGGCAAGGGGGGCGCCACGGUGAAAGCCGUGAUGGAACAGUCAGGAGCAUGGGUGCAGCUGUCCCAGAAGCCGGAGGGCAUCAACCUGCAGGAGCGCGUGGUGACGGUCAGCGGCGAGCCCGAGCAGGUGCACAAGGCCGUGAGCGCCAUCGUGCAGAAGGUACAAGAAGACCCCCAGAGCAGCAGCUGCCUCAACAUCAGCUACGCCAACGUGGCAGGCCCCGUGGCCAACUCCAACCCCACCGGCUCUCCGUACGCCAGCCCCGCGGAUGUGCUGCCAGCCGCGGCCGCAGCGUCGGCCGCCGCCGCCUCCGGCCUGCUGGGCCCCGCCGGGCUGGCUGGCGUGGGGGCCUUUCCCGCCGCGCUGCCCGCCUUCUCAGGCACCGACCUGCUGGCCAUCAGCACGGCGCUUAACACGCUGGCCAGUUACGGCUACAACACCAACUCCCUGGGCCUGGGCCUCAACUCGGCCGCAGCCUCCGGCGUCCUGGCCGCCGUGGCCGCCGGGGCCAACCCAGCAGCCGCCGCCGCCGCCAACCUCCUGGCAUCCUACGCGGGCGAGGCCGGGGCCGGGCCAGCCGGAGGGGCCGCCCCGCCGCCGCCCCCGCCUCCCGGAGCCCUGGGGUCCUUUGCGUUGGCCGCAGCCGCCAACGGCUACCUCGGGGCCGGGGCGGGCGGCGGGGCGGGCGGAGGGGGCGGCCCGCUGGUGGCCGCUGCAGCCGCGGCCGGGGCGGCCGGGGGCUUCCUGACAGCGGAGAAGCUGGCGGCUGAGAGUGCCAAGGAGCUGGUGGAGAUUGCGGUGCCUGAGAACCUGGUGGGAGCCAUCCUGGGGAAGGGGGGCAAGACGUUGGUGGAGUACCAGGAGCUGACGGGCGCUCGCAUCCAGAUCUCCAAGAAGGGCGAGUUCCUGCCAGGCACGCGGAACCGGCGGGUCACCAUCACGGGCAGCCCCGCGGCCACGCAAGCCGCUCAAUACCUCAUCAGUCAGCGGGUCACCUACGAGCAGGGAGUGAGGGCCUCAAACCCCCAGAAAGUGGGAUGAGGCCUGUGGUGUGUGCUCCCACCCUUUUCUCUCCUCCCAUCUCCUCCUCUUCCCUCUCCUCCUCCCCCCCCCCCCAACUCCUGACCUCAGCUUGGUGUAGUCCUGCUCCUCUUGGGAUGGGGCUGGGGUAGGCCCGACUGCACCCUCCCCUUCUGGUAGUCAUAGGCAGGAUUGAGUGACGGUUGGGAAGGGGGCUCAGAAGCCCCCUCCCCAGCCCGGAACUGACCCCUCCUUCCUCCCUCCCUGUGCUUGGCUGGGCCUGACCCUUCCUGUCCCAGGGCCCAGGUCUGUGUGAUAUCUGUAUAUAUUGCAUUUUGUUGAUUUUAAUAGAAAACAAAGCGUUAUUUUCUCUUUCUUUCCCUCCUUUUUUUUUUCUUUUUUUUGGUAAGGAUUUUUUCCCCCUUUAUAAGUUUUUGUUUCCAUAUGGGAGGAGGGGAGGGAGCCUCUGGGUCACCCAGAAUGAGGGGCCUUCCCAAAACACAACACCCCACCUCUCUGCUUUCAGUUCUAGAUCUGAGGGAAGCCAUGGGAGUAGAGGUAGCAGAGGCGUCUGAGCUGAAAUGGGGCAUUUGGAGCAAGGACCCCAGAGUUCCCAGAUCUUCUCAGCUACUCUCCUCCCACUGGAGCUGUCCCUCCUAGGUGGGAAUGUUCACUCUUUUGUUGUCAGGUUGUAUGGGGGGGCAGGGACAGUGCUGCUGGGAAGGAUGCCAGCUCUGGGAUUGGGCCAGUCCUGUGGACAAGACUUGCAAGAGGCUGGAUCAACUUGGUGUGGUAUCUCUGAUGGCUUAGAGUAAUGGCAAUGAGGGUCUCUGUUGUGAUGUCACUGAGUACUUUCUGGGGUGCUUCUGGGCACCCCUUAUGAUGUCACAGGAAGCAGUUCCUCAGAGGUUACUUCCUGUGAACAUAAGAGAGCAGGUACUUCCUGUGAUGUCUCAAUGAGUUCUUCCUUGAAGGUCACUUUGGUGAUAUCAUGGGAAGAUGUACUUCCGGUGGUGCCUAGAGGUCACGUCCUGUGAUGUCAUUAGGCUGAAGCAUGUACUUCCUGUAUUGGACAGUGACCAGUCUCUGACCUGCCUUCUCCCUCCACACCCUUCUUUGGUGGGUGUUGGCCUGGGGGUCUUCCUAGGAAGAGAAUAAGGCACGGGACUUGGAUCCAAUCUGGAGGACUCUAACGGAAAAAAACCAGUAUUGUCAGGGUCAUCUCCAUUCAAACACGUCACGUCUGCGAACUCGCCCUGGAGGGAGGGGUGGGAGAUGGACCUAGUGCAAACUACUGUUAAAGACCUCCCUUCCCACCCCUGCCUUUUGUGUGCAUGCCUGUGUCUGCGUGGCUUUGUUUCAUUGAAUCGGGUGAGCCAAGUGUGUGGUGGCUCUGUCAGGCCAGUAUGGCCAGGUGUAGAGUUCAGUGAGCCAUAGUAGGGUCCCUUGGGCCAGAAUGCUUCGUGUGGUCUGAUAGGUUAGAUUGGUUUGGUGGCUUCCAGCAAGCUGGCAUACUUCGGUGAUGUCUGAUGGAUCAGAAUGUUUUGGUGUGCUCACCAGGGGCUCUGGAGAACUAGAAUGUUCUGAUGGAGUCUGACAAGCCAGGCGGCCUUGAGAGUUGGUUUAGGAGUGGCUCCCUGAGUGCUGUGGCUGAGUGCUAAGGACCUGUUGGCAGACUGAGAUUUCAGGGCCUGACAACCAUGUAGACUAGGAUAGCUGAGACCUCCCUCUACCCCCGCCCAUCUCCCUCUCUUCCUUGGAGACCGCCUCCACUUUCUCCAACCCAAAGCAGGGCGCCCAGUGCCCUGGUUCCAUCAUCAGCAUCUCUGGGGGAGGGGCGCCCCAUGCCCACCCUCUCCCCCAUUUGUCCGCCUCCUAGGUCUUCCAAACCCUUUUCUUCUCUAUGACUUUGGGGGAAAUCCAGCCUCCUUGUCUCUCUCCUAAAAAAGGAGGGAAGAAAAGCCACAGAGACAAUUCCUGCCCCUAAAGCCUAGGAGAUCCCUCUCCCUUGCUAGAGAGCCACCCCCAAAUCAAAAUGUGAAAAUCCCUAGAAAGCAAUAGCCUUCGAGGUACCUUGCACUGAAUUUCCCACCCCGGCCCUUCCACCCGAUGGGAGGCUGUAACUUGGGCACUGGGGUGACUUUUUCCAUGCCCUUGUCAUCUCCAGGGUGGGAGGCAGGCCCCACUUCCCCUCCCCUAUCCCCCACUUCCCAUUGUUGUUGCCCCACCCCUAAUCUCCAGACUGAACCCAGAUGGAGAUCUGAGUGCCAAAACAAUUCUUGAUGUAACUUUGUACAUAUCUUCUACUACCGUUGGGGGCUCUUGGGGUUAGAGGUGGGGGCGGCUCUGUGGGCCAUUGCUCCCCUCCACCUCUCAAAAGACCUUACAGUAUUUCACAGUAUCUCUACCCGCACGCGAGUAUUACAGUAUCUAGCUGGAAUAUCCCCCUACAGCCCCCCAGGACCCUAUGAGGAAGGGAAGGAGCCAGGGAGAGGUGAAGUAAGGUCUGGGACUGGGGAGGUGGGAUCUGAAUGAGCUCAUUUGCAUAUCAUUUGCAUCCUCCGCUUGGCAGCCGCUUUCUACAAACCCAUUCACUGGAGUCUGGGUCCCAAUCAGCCGGGUCCGGGACUCCUCUCACACAGACACAUCUCCGGAGGCUGGGCCUCCUGAAAAGUGUUUGCUUGGGGUGUCUGUGUAACAACCCCUCUCUAUUCAUAUUUCUUGGGGACCCCCUACCCAGCCAGCCAGGGUGAUCUGAAAGGUAUACUUUGCUAGCUCAGUGAGCUAGUUCACUCACCAUGUUGGUGAGCAGAGAGCCACACACCUUUCCCCAUUUUACCCUGGGAAACUCACUCCACCAUCUUUGCCAUCUCUUGAAAGUCCCUUCUGCAAUCUGACCUCAAUCUUUUGUGCUGCAGUUUGUCCAGAGGGGACACAGAUGUGGGGUCAGGGAUGAGGAUUAUUGAAAAACCCAUCACCUCUUUUUUUUUCCCCGUCUCCCUAUUAGCCAAUCUGAUCUCAGAGUCUCUGAGUGGCCUCCUUGCACCCUUCUCUUCAGCACCCAGUAGGUGCUUAAUAAGUGUUUGCUGCAUUGAAUUAUCUCCCUAUUCCUUCUCAUUUGCCCUCUAGCUUCCCAUACCUUCUCCAAGUGUCUUCCUCCCUUUCUUUGCCUGGCUCCCUAUGACUUUCUAUUUUUUUUCCCUCCGUGUGGUUCCCAUUGUUUUCUGUCCUGUCUCCAUCUUAGUCUUUGUCUGUCUUCCUCCUCUCCUCAAAUGUCUCAACUCUCUCUCCCCAAUUUCCCCAUUUAAAAAAAAAAAAAAAGUGCCAAACUUCCUU